AUGGCUAGCUUAAAGACCGUUGCAGGGCGAAUAUGGACCCAUCCGGUCACCGAGUAUCUAAAAGGCCAGUGGUUCUUUUACUGUCUGGCAGUAUUUAUUGUCAUUGCUCGAUUUGCUCCAAAUUUUGCGGCUGAUGGAGGUUUGAUUAAAGGCGAGUAUAGUAUUGGAUAUGGUGCUGUUGCGUGGAUUUUUUUGCAGAGUGGUCUUAGUAUGAAGACUAGACGGCUGAUGGCUAAUAUGGGUAAUUGGAGAGCUCACUCUACCAUCAUUCUCAUCAGUUUCUUAAUUACUUCAUCAAUCGUCUAUGGGUUCUGCUGCGCCGUUAAGGCCGCAAAUGAUGAUAAUAUCGAUGACUGGGUCCUGAUAGGUCUUAUCUUGACUGCAACCUGUCCCACCACAGUGGCUUCGAAUGUCGUUAUGACUACCAAUGCCGGUGGGAAUGAUUUGCUUUGCGUUUGUGAAGUCUUUAUUGGCAAUCUUUUGGGAGCUUUCAUCACACCAGCAUUGGUUCAAAUGUUCACGAAAAGUGGGCCAUUCCAGUUUGGUAAUCCAGCUACUGGUGAAGGAAUUGGUGCCUUGUAUGGACGUGUCAUGAAGCAAGUCGGUCUCUCGGUUUUUGUACCGUUAUUCGUUGGACAGGUCAUACAAAAUGUGCUACCAAAGCCCACAGCUAUCUAUCUAGGUUUUCUGAAGCGUUUCCAUUUAAAAAUUGGUUCAUAUAUGCUUCUGCUCAUCAUGUUCAGUACCUUUUCAACAGCUUUCAAGCAGGAAGCGUUCACUAGUGUCACACAUCUGUGCAUUAUCUUUCUGUGUUUCUUCAACUUGGGCCUUUAUUUGUUAUUCACGGGGAUCUGUUACUUACUCGCAAGGCCUUUCUUCAUCAAGAAGCUAUUUCCUGCGGAACCUGUUAAGGGCGAAUCCUCCACCUUUUACUAUUACUCCUACAAGAUUUUCAGUCCAUUUUAUUAUAAUAAGAGAGAUACGAUCUGCAUAAUGUUCUGCGGAGCAGCAAAGACUGCAGCAUUGGGUGUCUCAUUGAUCACUUCGCAAUUUGGUAAUCAAAAAACUCAUCUCGGUAAGCUACUAGUACCUCUAGUUCUUUAUCAAAGUGAGCAAGUCAUUGUAGCUAGUUGGUUCGUUCCCAUUUUCAAAAAAUGGUGUCAAGAUGAACAAGAGGAGGAUCAGGUUGAGAGUGCUAAAGCUGACAUUGAAAAGCAAACAAGCUUGAACUAUCGCGAGGAAGAAAGUGGUUCCGAGAAUUCGACUGACGGAGUUGCCUGCAACGAGUUCUCAGCUAAGUGA